CAACAAAGAAUCAGUUGAUCGUACACACUCGCGGCGAUCAGACGAUACGCAGUAGCAUUCAAAAAGCGCUCACAGUUUAUUGAAUUAAUAAUACAGAGACAAAUAAUUAUAGUUUCUUUUAAAAUCUAUUUCGGCAAAAACUUUUGAAAAGAAGCAUUGGAUAACAUUCAAAAUGUUCGCCACAAAGAAGAGUCUGGAGAACUUUUUAAAAGUCUACAAGAAAGAGAUUCACAGGCAAAUCAGCAAGACGACCAGUGUCACCAAUUCCGAUUCCAUGGUGCCGAGGUUGGACCAGGCGGCAAACAAGUCACCGCAAAACGAUGAAACUGGGCCAAAGAGACUCCUCAAGCUGCAAAAAUAUCACAGAUUCCUGUCGACACUGACUCCUCAGGAAAUGCCGAUGGCUACCCGGGGACUGGCGGUCACAAAAGACCAGUCCCGGGAGUUCAUGGCUGUUUUCCCGGACAUCGUGAGGGACCUCACUGAGACUGGCAAGCACAUCGAUGUGCCGGAAGCCAGCAAGUGGUUGGCUAAGCUAUUGCAAUACAACGUGCCGAAUGGAAAAAAGAAUCGAGGUCUAGCAACUGUAUUGGCAUACAAAAUGCUGGAAAAACAAGAGAACUUAACACCCGAUAAUGUUCACCUGGCGAAUAUUAUGGGAUGGUGCGUUGAAAUGUUCCACACCCACCAACUCUUGCUGAACGAUAUGAUGGAAGGCUCGGAGAUGCGUCGAGGCGCUCCGUGCUGGCACCGACGCCCUGAUGUCGGCUUAGACGGCAUCAACGACGCUGCUCUGAUCCAAUCGGCCAUGUACACCAUACUAAAACGCCACUUCAAUGUCAAACCUUACUACAAGAACGUGCUCGAAACUUUCAAUGAGAUGCUAAUGAAGUCCUCCAUGGGUCACUACGUACAGAAGCUUAUGUUCAAGACCGACAAACCCGACCUCUCAUUAUUCACAAUGGAUAAAUACGAAGCUGUCACCAAGUACAAGACCUCGUACUACACUUUCCAAAUGCCGAUCAGCUUGGCGAUGCUCAUGAGCGGUAUCGAUGAUCCCGAGAUGCACAGACAAGCUAAAAACAUCCUCCUAGAAAUGGGAGAGUUCUUCCAAAUACAGAAUGAUUUCCUGGAUUGCUUCGGAGAUCCGGCAGUGACGGGCAAGCCAGGAACCGAUAUUCAAGACGGGAAGUGCACAUGGCUGGCAGUUGUUGCUCUACAGAGAGCCACUCCCACACAAAGGCGGACCAUGGAAGAUAAUUAUGGAGUAAACAACCCAGAAGCGGUCGCAAGGAUCAAAGACUUAUAUGAAGAACUACAGUUACCACACACAUAUUCCGUUUUCGAAGAAGCCACUUACGACCUCCUCAGGACACAGAUCCAGCAAGUAACACGCGGACUGCCCCACGACUUGUUCUUCAAAAUUUUAGAUAACAUUUUCAGGCGAAGCAUUUAAAUAGUAGACGUUAGGGAUAAGACUCUUUGUAAAUAAAAGUUGUGUUUAAUGUUACUAUAAUUGUGAAAAAAAGAACAGAAAAAAAUGUAUUAAAAACAUUUAAAUAUCUUAACAUAGUUAACGAUCUCAAUAAUCGAACUUAUAUGAUAUAGAACUAGAACGAAAGGGGUUUAUUAAGUUAAAAUUCUCGAAAUAUUAGCAUUAACGAUACGAGUAAUUUAUAGAAAAAACAUAACAUGCCCGAUAUCCAGAUAAAUUAUAUUAAAAAAAAAAUAACUCGUAUAAUAUAGGUUAAUAUUGCGUAUAUCAUGUACAUUAAACUAAAACCAUAUCUAGCAAAAAAAUACACUGUUGUGACACCUUUUUGUCUGAAAUAUUAGUUUAAAAUAUACGAGCCAAUUGAGAUUUCAGUGUAUCCAUAAUUAUGUAUGGUAGUGUUAAUUUAAGCAUUUAUAUAUUUUGAAAUAAGUUUUCUAAAUGAUAUUAAACGAAUAUAACAUACAAA